AUGCCGAUGCCCCUCGCAAAGUUAGCAUCCACAAAGGAUGGAGAUAUACUCGAGUCUGUACCUGUGGAGUACUUAUCUAGGCCAAGCAUCACUGAAGAAGAGGUUCAUAUGAUCAACACCCCAAAAGAAUCAUGGGUCGACCCAAUUAUGAAAUACCUAAGGGAUGGAGCUUUACUGACAGACAAGAGAGAGGCUCGGAGGCUGGUAUAUAAAUCUGCCCAGUACACCUUAGUAGACGGGGUCUUCUACAAGAGAGGAUUUUUUGUGUCGCUCUUGCGGUGUGUUGAUGAAGAGGAAGCAAUGAAAGUUCUAUAUGAAAUACAUGAGGGCGAAUGCGGCAACCAUGCGAGUAGGCCAUCUACGGCUAGGAAAACAAUGAGACAAGGAUACUACUGGCCCUCUAUGGAUAAGGAUGUGACAAAUGUCAGAGACACGCAAACUACUCCCGGAAGCCCCCAAAUGAGUUGA